AUGCAUCUACAAAGCCGAAUAGAGGAGCAAAAUUUAAGAAGAGAAGUCGUCGUUUUCAUGAGCACGGAACCCAUUGAGGAAGUUUCGGGAUUUAGUAACAUAAUAUCAGAGGCCAAAUACCUCCAUGAAGCUCAUUUCUUAUUCCGAACUUUGAAGUUACUGUUUGCUGAUUACCUUGUUACAUUCCCUACUCGUAUGAUCAGCUCUCGUAUCUUGGAGAGCAAGAGUGCCACCGAAGCAUUCAAAUUGAUAGAAGUUGAGUUGGGGUUGAUGUUUGAUGUACUUUUCACCAAGGCGAUGACAGAGGUUAAUUGGCAACCACGCUUCAUUCUCCGCUUUAUCAACUUUCUGUCCUCUGUUUCUGCAUUACUUGCGUUCUCAUUGAUGACUAGAAACUUCCAUGCCUAUUCCAAGUUUGAUAUUAUUAUAUCAUACUUGUUGAUGGUAGGAGCUAUUGUUCUGGAGGUUUACUCGGCCAUUUUGAUGCUUUUCUCUGAUUGGGCUAUGCUUUGGCUUACCAAGCAACGAAAGCAAUUGGCGGAUUCUAUUUAUCGAGUUAUUUCUUCUUCUCGGUUGCUAUCGUCUUUUAGCAACAAUAAAAGGUGGAAAGGAUCUGUGGCCCAACUUGAGCUAUCACAUUCUGAAGAGAUUUCUAAAGGACACAAGCGAAAAUUCUUUAGCAACGGCAACAUUCAGAGUUGGGAGGUCGUUGGUGAUGAUUUAAAGGAAUUGAUCUUCAAUUACCUCUUAGAUAAGCGUUCAAGGUACAUGGUUGAUCAAAAGAUGAUAUUGGAAGAGAGAGGUGAUCAGGUGCUUAAGCGUAAGGGAUGCUUUGAAAAAUUAGGUUGGUCUGUGAUUGAAAGAGACUUUCACGAAAGCUUCCUAGCAUGGCACUUUGUUACUCAUCAUUAUUCUGAAAAAUUAGGUCAUAGUGAUUCAAUUCAUUGUAAGAUGAGCAGAUCUUUAUGUGAUUACAUGAUGUAUCUACGGAGUGAUUUGCCGUUUAUGCUACCUAAAGAGUUAGGUGAAGCAAAGUACAAGCAAGCACUUACGCAAGGAGGCAUAAACCUCACCAUUUCAAUACAGUCGCUGCUGGAUGAUGGGUCAAUUGAAGAGAAGUGGGAAAUGAUAAGUGAAGUGUUGGUGGAGAUGCUAACUUAUGCUGCGAGUCAUUGUGGAUGGAAAGAGCAUACAAAAGCACUUACGCAAGGAGGAGAGCUACUUACUUUCGUGGCCGUUCUUAUGUCUCAUCUUGGCUUAAGUCAGCAAUGUCUCUACGAGAAUCAAUAA